GCCUCCAGUAUAUGGGCUGUGCGAUAAAGCUCAAGAGCGGUUUAGCAACGCUACAGAAACUCGAUAAGAUCAAGAAAACCAUAAAAGGGAAGGGGUGGAGAUCUCUUGCUCCUGUUCUCCACCAAAACGCGUCGACACCGCAAGCAGCCGGGCAAACAGCAGCAGCCUUUAUCGAUAAGACCCUUCUCCUUUCCCCGAGCGCCCCUCACCCCAAGAACCGAGCCCCCAUUUCCAUGGGCCCAUGGACAAUACCUUCACUAUGUCGAACCAAGGCUAUAUCCGCAUCCCAGGCAGGUCCAUCUCUGUCUCAGAUGGCCCAUCUCCGUAAUGUCGCGAACAUGGGUCUCAAUGGGCGCUCCUUACCCCAUAGAAUUACGCGUGUUUAUAUUUUUGGCACCUCCACGCCUCUCUCUAGACCACCAAGAUAUGAUCUGCAUUGCACUGAGAUACCUUUUCUAACAAUGGCCGCACACCUCCCAUCGUCCCUAUCCAUCUCCAUUCCUUUUUUUCUGUUGCUUCUAUUCCAUCUCGAGUACUCCACUCUCGAUCAGUUCAAAUUCUAACAAGUGUUAUAUCUCUGUUUCUUUGUUGUCCCCGCUGGAAAUGAUAAUCCCAUGGCUACAAAGGGCAACAGGAGGACAAGCUAAAUGAGGCGAGUGGUUUGUGUUCUCUUCGGAAUCGAAAGGAGGGUCCACUGACGGUGUGCAUGGGCUUUACCCCACAUUUUUAUUCUUUUGGCAUAUUUCCUCCAGAUGGACGCGGCGGAAUGUACGCUGAGCAAUGGUAUCCACUUUUUUUUUCUCAUAAGGGUGGGAAAACACGAACAAACAGAUGGCAUGGUGCAACCAUUCGGUUCGUUCUCCGUCUGGUUUCUCAUUUUCUCUGACGUAUUUGAAAUCCCCCCUCCCUGGGUCUUCUCCUCUG